AUGAGAGAAACUGCAUUUAGUUCAUCUCCAUUUGAAAAACCAAAUAAAUUAACUAGUGGUUUAUUUAGAGAUUGUUAAAGAUUUAUUCCUAGACGUAAGUUUACUGAAGAAAAUCAAGAAAAUGCAACUGUAUUUGCCAAAUUAAGGAGAGCUGGUUUUGAAAAGAAAAAAGCACUUAAAUAUUGUUAAGCUUAACAUUGCAAAUUAGAUGCUACAUAAAAUGAUUUUGGACCACCUGGUUACAAAAUAUUCAAAUAAAAUUAUGAUCCAAUAAAAUAAUAUAAAGGAUGGUAAUUAGAUGGGAGAAUAAAAUUAAAAGAUUAAUGUGAAUAUGAAAGAAUAAGUAAAGAUAUUAAUUUAGGCUUGAGAUAACAACCCAAUGAAGAUUUGUAUUAAUUGUAUAAUAGACUAGCUGAGACUCAUAGAAAUACAGAAGAAAAAUGUAAUUUCACUGAUCUUUCAAGAUAAGAGUUAAUUAUGAAAUUAAGAUCAUUAACAAGAGAUGACAACAGAAAAUAUAAUACACCAAUAUAUUAAUUAAGAAGACAUAAUGAAAUUUAUUAUGAAUUAGCAGAUUAUUUUGAAAAAUAAUAGCCUCCUUAAAUUAAAUCUUUAGUUACAGAAUUAGAAGCUUUUGAUGAUAUUGUUCCUAGAAAAUAAUUAAAGUAAUUUUAUUUAGAGUAAAAAUCUACUGGAAAUAAAAAAAAGAACUUAAAUCAAGAAAUUAGUGAAAAAAUGUAAAGGCGUUCAAGGAUUCUAAUGGAGUUGACAGCCUUAUUCUCUCCUGUAAAAUCUGAUAGUUUGGUAUCAAAUUAUAUAAAUAAUAUAAGAAUAGAAGAUCUUUCUUUACAAAAUAGGAUUAAAUGUGGUAAGUAUAGAAUGAUUCAGCUAUAACAAGUCUAUUAGAUAUGGAUGAAAGUAAUGUUGGUAGAAAUGCUGAAAGAAAUAGUAUUUUCUUUUAUCGCUUUGCCAAAGUUAAAUAAUCAGAGGAAUAAGAAAGAAUUAAUCAAUUUUAAGAUUCAUUAAAUAAAGUAAUUAAAAAAAAUAUUGAAAACAUAAAUUACUCAAAAAAAAAAAAUUAAUUCUUCGAUUGA